CACUUUAUAAGGCUCUCCCUUGAGGUGUUUUAAUUCCAUGGGAAAAAAAAAAUCUGGUUUAGCUGCAAACCAAUAGAGGGUUAAGAGAUUUGUUUUGCUCUCCUCAUGGGACCUUCCAAGAUUCGUUGGCUUCUUCUCUCGUUUCUCUUUGGCUCUUCGUAUGUUGUUUGCUGUUGUGCUUCAUCUACUCCUUUGCUCGUCGGAUCGACCGAUGAGUUCCGAGGCCGCACGGCGAUAUCGGAGUUCAGGGUUCUGAAUAGGAGGUUCCUGCUAGACUGCCCGGAUGCUAAUCCUUACCUCGCAAUCAAUAUCAGUUCAUAUUCGCCACUAUCAGAUGAAGAAAAUAUUACAGUGACCGUGAGUGGAGUUAUUCUGCCGGAUAAGUCUGAUUGGGUCGCCAUGAUCUCGCCUUCCAACGCAGACGUCUCUGAUUGUCCUCUGAACUCGCUGCUCUAUAAGGAAACUGGAGAUUUUGCAAAUUUGCCACUUCUCUGCGAUUAUCCUGUCAAGGCUCAGUUCCUAAGCAAUGAUCCAUCUUAUUUGAGGUGCAAGAAGCAGGAAUGGCAAAGUUAUUCAGGGAAAAAUAGUGCGCUUCGCACCUGCAGUGGCUCUGUUACAUUCCAUGUUGUUAACUUCAGAACUGAUGUAGAGUUUGUGUUCUUCACCGGAGGAUUCGACACACCUUGUAUACUAAAAAGAUCAGAUCCCAUUGCAUUUGCCAAUCCUAAAAGCCCUUUGUAUGGCCAUCUCUCCGGCAUCGACUCCACGGGAACAUCGAUGAAGAUAACAUGGGUCAGUGGAGACAACAGCCCACAAGAGGUUCAAUAUGGAGAUGGAAAGUCUGCUACUUCCCAGGUUACAACAUUCACACAAGCUGAUAUGUGUGGUACAGCGAGUCCAGCCAAGGAUUUUGGAUGGCAUGACCCAGGAUACAUACAUUCCGCUGUCAUGACAGGGUUCCAACCUUCUCAGAAGUACUCCUACAGAUAUGGAAGUGAUUCUGUUGGUUGGAGUGGCCAAAUUGAGUUUAAAACUCCACCUGCUGCUGGAUCAGAUGAACUACGAUUCAUUGCUUAUGGUGACAUGGGAAAAGCUCCUUUGGACCCGUCAGCCGAGCAUUACAUUCAGCCUGGAUCACUCUCUGUCGCUCGAGCUGUGGCGGAUGAAGUUGCAUCCGGUAACGUCGAUUCAGUUUUCCAUAUUGGAGAUAUAAGUUAUGCCACAGGUUUCAUGGUUGAGUGGGAUUAUUUUCUGAGUCUCAUCACACCAAUUGCUUCCCAUGUUACCUAUAUGACAGCUAUAGGUAACCACGAGAGAGACCAUCCAUCCUCCGGAUCGGUGUAUGAGACCCCAGACUCUGGUGGAGAGUGUGGAAUAGCUUAUGAGGCUUACUUCCCAAUGCCUACACAUGCCAAAGAUAAACCAUGGUAUUCAAUUGAACAAGCAAGUGUCCACUUCACUGUGAUUUCCACAGAACAUGAUUGGACUGAGAAUUCUGAGCAGUAUUAUUGGAUUAAGAAGGACCUGGAAUCUGUUGAUCGAGCAAGGACACCUUGGUUAAUUUUUACAGGGCACAGGCCCAUGUAUUCAUCAAAUAAUGGGAUACUUCCAUCUGUAGAUCCUAAAUUUGUCGAAUCUGUGGAGCCACUUCUCGUGGACAACAAGGUCGAUCUUGUGCUCUUCGGCCAUGUACACAAUUAUGAGAGGACAUGUGCGGUUUAUCAAAAUGAAUGCAAAGGAAUGCCAACAAGAGAUAAAGAUGGAGUUGAUACUUAUGAUAACAGCAAUUACACAGCACCAAUUCAUGCUGUCAUAGGAAUGGCAGGAUUCACCCUUGACAAUUUUCAAAGCGGAGUUGAAAACUGGAGCUUAAUGAGGAUAUCUGAAUAUGGUUAUGCACGGGUACACGCAACUAAAAAGGAUCUGCGGGUAGAGGUAACUAUUUUUUCUUUUUCUUUUUCAAUGGCUUUCAGUUUGUGAAUGCAAGUACCAAAGAGAUACGAGAUAGUUUCCAUAUCAUCAAAGGAAGAAUCUAGGAUCAUAUAUCUGGCAGACGAUCAUGUAAUAUUCAUCACAUGAUGUACAAUGAAGAAAAUAUGUGAGGGGAAAGGGUAAAAUUUUGUUGUAAUGAGUUGCAAUGUAACUACAAAAUGUUUGCUUAUAACAUACACUUUGUGAUGAAUUGUAGAAAAAUAAAUUUCUAUGAGUUUCUUUCUGGCACAUCUAAUAGAAGAUUCAAGAUGAAGAAACAAAGAAAUACAAGAUGUAUGAGCAUUUUACAUGAUUUAGUGGGACAGUGAUGUCUAUGUCGAAAGCAAGAGAGGAACUUCAAAAAUCACUUGCAAACCUUUAUUGAAUGCCUUUCCUAGGAUACAAUACAAGCAAAAUCGGAUCCUAUCGAACCUUUAUAGCUAAGUGUGCUUGGUCGAUCAAGAGUGAUACUAUCAUGGAUGAUCUCUCGGAAAGUCCUCAUAUAAUAGCCCUUUUUAUUCAACAUUCUAAAAAAUACCUUUUUUGCAUUCUUCAAAAAUAUUAGCUUAUGAUUUAUACGCCCACAUAC